UCACUAUAUCUGGUCUCCCAUAGUACACAGAACAUAGAGAUGCAAUUAUUUUAGUAAAUAUAAAAACUGCCAAAUACUUUCUCAUCAGCAGUCUUCAAGCAAAGCACUGGUUACAGCUUGUAGAAGAAGUUUUCUCUUUCUCCUGUAGGAGGCUGCAGGAUCGCUGACCUCAGUCUGGACAGUGCUGAUUGGCCCUGUGCUGAUCACAUGCACUCUCUCAAGGGAAAAAAAAAAACCCACACACCUCUCUAGCAAUACACACCAAACUGAGCAUGUGCAGCUUGCCACGAGCCUCUGUUCUAUCAGGAGAUAUUUGGGAGACACAGGAAGAAGGGGAGGAUCAGAGAAGGCAGGAUCAAACCUCCUUUUUACACAAUGCAGAGGAUUACCCCCUUAUGUUCCACAGUGAGUAUAACAAGCAUGCUUUACUGCAUAUACAGACUGGUUUUAUGGUUGUGGGUUGAG